GGGCCAUUACCGGAGUAGCCGCGGCAGGCUGACCGUGGAAUUCAUCCAGCCUGAAUGGUGCGCCAGCGAGAUCGGACAAGUCAGCAAUGACGAUCAUCGGAACAACCAUGCCGUGUGAUGCAACGACACGGAAUCCGGCAGGGUCUGAGCGACAUUGGUGAUGUAUUCUCAAGUUCUUCAUAUUUGUUCUUGGCUUCUUUUCCUCUUGACUUGUUUUCACAAACACAAGCCGCCAAGAUGAAGAAGUACUUGGGUUUGCGCGGCUCGCGCAUCACCACCGCCGCGCUGGCAUUGAUCGUUGGCCCUUCAUAUACCGCUUUUGGUUACAAUCAGGGAGUUGCUGGCAAUGUCUUGACGUUGCCGACGUUUGUAGAGACCUUUCCGGGCAUCAACACCUUGACCACCACUGGCGCCCAACAAUCACACAACAGUACAAUCCAAGGCGUGGUCACUGCACUUUUUGUGCUUGGCGCGACCUUUGGAGCCCUCACAUGCAUCAAAGUCGGAGACAUGCUGGGUCGGCGCAAGACCAUCUUCUACUCCACCAUUGUAGCGACAAUCGGAGCGAUCUUGAUGGCCUCGUCGUUUUCCCUCGCCCAACUGAUUGUCUCGCGACUCAUAUUGGGACUGGGCAGCGGCGGCUACACUGCUUCCGUCCCUGUCUGGCAGUCCGAAAUCUCGGGCGCACAGCACCGCGGGGCUUUUGUUAAUGUAGAAGGAAUCUUCCUCGGCGCGGGCAUUACCAUUUCCCUCCUGAUCGACUUUGGCUUCUUCUUCGUGAAGGACUCCUCGGUUUCGUGGCGUUUCCCCUUCGCCAUCCAGAUUGUCUUCUUCCUGAUGGUCAUUGCCUUCAUCUUCUUCCUGCCAGAGUCGCCAAGGUGGCUUGUCAAGAAAGGCCGCAUAGACGAAGCCCGGGAAACCAUGGCAGUCCUGCAAGACGUGGCGGUCGACGAUGAGAGCAUCACCCGCGAUAUCGCCAUGAUGCAACACUCCCUCGAGCUUGCCGCCCGCGCGGGCAAUCCAGGUCCGCAGAACCUGCUCAAAAUGGGCGAUCAACGCAUCUUCAACCGUGCCCUGGUCGCCAUCCUCGGCCAAGCAUUUCAGCAGCUCUGCGGCGUCAGUCUUACGGUGGCGUACGCGACCACCAUCUACGAAGAGCACUUGGGUUUCGGCGCUGUCAAAGCUCGUGGGCUGGCCAUUGCCAUGGAGAGUUUGUUGAUCUUUGGCGGCCUGGCUACAGUCUUGACCGUCGAUCGAUUCGGUCGUCGGCCGUUGAUGUUGCUGAGUUCGGCGACAAUGGCCAUCUGCUUCAGCGUCGUGGCCGGCACCACUUCCGCGCCGCAGAACAAAGGCUCUCUCUACGCAGCCACCUUCUUCCUCUUCCUCUACACCCCCUUCUUCGCCCUCGGCUUCCUGAGCAACACGAAUCUGUACGCCACCGAGGUCGCUCCUUUGGAAUACCGAGCCGCCAUCGCAGGCGUGUCAACCGCCACCUCAUGGCUGUCGAACUUCCUCGUCGUCCUGGUCACGCCGAUUGGUUUCGCCAACAUCGGUUACCGCUACUGGAUCGUCUACGCUUGCAUCAACGCCGCCAUUGUUCCCACCGUGUACUUCUUGUUCCCGGAGACGUGUGAUCUGAGUUUGGAGCAGAUGGACGAUGUGUUUGGUCGGUCGAACAACUUCUUCGAUCCCCCGAAGAUUGCGCGGAAGGAAAGGCGGCAGUUGAAGAAGGGGGAGAGCGUUUUGGAGGAGGGGUUGGAUAAUGGACGGGACAGCGAGAGCAAAGCGGAUGUCAGCUUCAAGGAGUAGGUAGUUUCUCAUUGCCAGGUCGUCAGAAAAUCGACAGAAGGCUGUGUGGUUUUCAAAAAGCGCAGGAAUUACUUCGACAGAUGGGAACGAAGACUCACGGCUUUUGAUGUGAAGUGUCCGUUCCCUAGGAGAUGUGUCAGCCUCAGGCCGUCAUACCACUGGGCAUCCUUGUGCAUGUGAGGUUGCACAAGCAAUACACUAUUCGCGUUUGCAAGUCUGUG